AUGGCACAGGCACUGCUGGUACCCCCGGGGCCUGAAAGCUUCCGCCUUUUUACUAGAGAAUCUCUUGCUGCUAUCGAAAAACGUGCUGCAGAAGAGAAAGCCCAAAAGCCCAAGAGAGAACAAGACAAUGAUGACGAGAACAAACCAAAGCCAAACAGUGACUUGGAAGCUGGAAAGAACCUUCCGUUUAUUUAUGGAGACAUCCCUCCAGAGAUGGUGUCAGAGCCUCUGGAGGACCUGGACCCGUACUAUAUCAGUAAGAAGACUUUUAUAGUAUUGAAUAAAGGGAAGGCAAUUUUCCGAUUCAGUGCCACCUCUGCCUUGUAUAUUUUAACUCCGCUAAACCCUGUUAGGAAAAUUGCUAUUAAGAUUUUGGUACAUUCUUUAUUCAGCAUGCUUAUCAUGUGCACUAUUUUGACCAACUGUGUAUUUAUGACCUUGAGUAACCCUCCAGACUGGACGAAGAAUGUAGAGUACACAUUCACUGGAAUCUACACUUUUGAGUCGCUUAUAAAAAUCUUGGCAAGAGGGUUUUGCUUAGAAGAUUUUACAUUCCUUCGUGAUCCAUGGAACUGGCUGGAUUUCAGUGUCAUCGUGAUGGCAUACGUGACAGAGUUCGUGGACCUGGGCAAUGUCUCAGCACUGAGAACAUUCAGAGUUCUUCGGGCCCUGAAAACAAUUUCAGUCAUUCCAGGUUUAAAGACCAUUGUGGGGGCCCUAAUCCAGUCCGUGAAGAAGCUUUCUGACGUCAUGAUCUUGACUGUGUUCUGUCUGAGCGUGUUUGCUCUAAUUGGUCUGCAGCUGUUCAUGGGCAACCUGCGGAAUAAAUGCUUGCAAUGGCCCCCAAGCGAUUCUGCUUUUGAAACCAACACCACAUCCUACUUUAAUGGCACAAUGGAUUCAAAUGGAAUAUUUGUUAAUGUAACAAUGAGUACAUUUAACUGGAAGGAUUAUAUUGAAGAUGACAGUCACUUUUAUGUUUUGGAUGGACAAAAGGACCCUUUACUCUGUGGAAAUGGCUCAGAUGCAGGCCAGUGUCCAGAAGGAUACAUCUGUGUGAAGGCUGGUCGAAACCCCAACUAUGGAUACACAAGCUUUGAUACCUUUAGUUGGGCUUUCUUGUCUCUAUUUCGACUCAUGACUCAAGACUACUGGGAGAAUCUUUACCAGUUGACGUUACGCGCUGCUGGAAAAACCUACAUGAUAUUUUUUGUCCUGGUGAUUUUCUUGGGAUCUUUUUAUUUGGUGAAUUUGAUACUGGCUGUGGUGGCCAUGGCCUAUGAGGAACAGAAUCAGGCCACCUUGGAAGAGGCAGAACAGAAAGAGGCUGAAUUUCAGCAAAUGCUUGAACAGCUUAAAAAACAACAGGAAGAAGCUCAGGCAGUUGCAGCCGCAUCAGCUGCUUCAAGAGAUUUCAGUGGAAUAGGUGGGUUAGGAGAGCUCCUGGAAAGUUCUUCAGAAGCAUCGAAGUUAAGUUCCAAAAGCGCUAAGGAGUGGAGGAACCGACGGAAGAAAAGAAGACAGAGGGAACAUCUUGAAGGAAACAACAAAGGAGAGGGAGACAGGUUUCCCAAAUCAGAAUCUGAGGACAGUGUCAAAAGAAGAAGCUUUCUUUUCUCCAUGGAUGGAAAUCGACUGACUAGUGACAAGAAAUUCUACUCCCCUCAUCAGUCUCUGUUAAGUAUCCGUGGCUCCCUGUUUUCCCCACGACGCAAUAGCAAAACAAGCAUUUUCAGCUUCAGAGGCCGGGCAAAGGAUGUCGGUUCUGAAAAUGACUUUGCUGAUGAUGAGCACAGUACAUUUGAAGACAGCGAGAGCAGGAGAGACUCACUGUUUGUGCCGCACAGACAUGGAGAGCGACGCAACAGUAACGUUAGUCAGGCCAGUAUGUCAUCCAGGAUGGUGCCAGGGCUUCCAGCAAAUGGGAAGAUGCACAGCACUGUGGAUUGCAAUGGUGUGGUUUCCUUGGUGGGUGGACCGUCAGCUCUAACCUCACCUACUGGACAACUUCUGCCAGAGGUGAUAAUAGAUAAGUUAGCUACUACUGACAUUACACACCAAUUUGAAAUAAUCAAAGGCACCACCACUGAAACAGAAGUCAGAAAGAGAAGGCUAAGUUCUUACCAGAUUUCAAUGGAGAUGCUAGAGGAUUCCUCUGGAAGGCAAAGAGCCAUGAGCAUAGCCAGCAUCCUGACCAAUACAAUGGAGGAACUUGAAGAAUCUAGACAGAAAUGUCCUCCAUGCUGGUACAGAUUUGCCAAUGUGUUUUUGAUCUGGGACUGCUGUGAUGCAUGGUUAAAAGUAAAGCAUCUUGUGAAUUUAAUUGUCAUGGAUCCAUUUGUUGAUCUUGCCAUCACUAUUUGCAUUGUCUUAAAUACCCUCUUUAUGGCUAUGGAGCACUACCCAAUGACCGGUCAAUUCAGUAGUGUAUUAACUGUAGGAAACUUGGUCUUCACUGGGAUCUUCACAGCAGAAAUGGUUCUCAAGAUUAUUGCCAUGGAUCCAUAUUAUUAUUUCCAAGAGGGCUGGAAUAUCUUUGAUGGAAUUAUUGUCAGCCUUAGUUUGAUGGAGCUUGGCCUGGCCAAUGUGGAGGGAUUGUCUGUACUGAGAUCAUUCAGAUUGCUUCGAGUUUUCAAGUUGGCAAAAUCCUGGCCCACCCUGAAUAUGCUGAUAAAGAUCAUUGGCAAUUCUGUGGGGGCUCUAGGUAAUCUCACCUUGGUGUUGGCCAUUAUUGUCUUCAUUUUUGCUGUGGUUGGCAUGCAGCUGUUUGGUAAAAGCUACAAAGAAUGUGUCUGCAAGAUCUCCAGUGACUGUCAACUUCCACGCUGGCACAUGAAUGACUUCUUUCACUCCUUUCUGAUUGUGUUCCGCGUGCUAUGUGGAGAGUGGAUAGAAACCAUGUGGGACUGUAUGGAGGUCGCUGGCCAAACCAUGUGCCUUAUUGUUUUCAUGUUGGUCAUGGUCAUUGGAAACCUUGUGGUUCUGAACCUCUUUCUGGCCUUAUUGUUGAGUUCAUUUAGCUCAGACAAUCUUGCUGCUACUGAUGAUGAUAAUGAAAUGAACAAUCUCCAGAUUGCAGUAGGAAGGAUGCAAAAGGGAAUUGAUUAUGUGAAAAGUAAGAUACGGGAGUGUUUCAGAAAAACCUUUUUUAGAAAGCCAAAAGUUAUAGAGGUCCAUGAAGGCAACAAAAUAGACAGCUGCAUCUCCAAUAAUACUGGAAUAGAAAUCAGCAAAGAACUUAAUUAUCUUAAAGAUGGGAAUGGAACCACCAGUGGUGUAGGUACCGGAAGCAGUGUUGAAAAAUAUGUAAUCGAUGAAAAUGAUUAUAUGUCAUUCAUAAACAACCCCAGCCUCACUGUAACAGUGCCAAUUGCUGUUGGAGAGUCUGACUUCGAAAACUUAAAUACCGAAGAGUUUAGCAGUGAGUCAGAACUAGAAGAAAGCAAAGAGAAAUUAAAUGCAACCAGCUCAUCUGAAGGAAGCACAGUGGAUGUUGCUCCCCCACGGGAAGGUGAACAAGCUGAAAUGGAGCCUGAGGAAGACCUUAAGCCAGAAGCUUGUUUUACUGAAGGAUGUAUUAAAAAAUUUCCAUUCUGUCAAGUAAGUAUAGAAGAGGGCAAAGGAAAGGUCUGGUGGAAUCUUCGGAAAACCUGCUAUAGCAUUGUUGAACACAACUGGUUUGAGACUUUCAUUGUCUUCAUGAUUCUUCUCAGCAGUGGUGCUUUGGCUUUUGAAGAUAUAUACAUCGAACAGCGAAAGACUAUCAAAACCAUGCUAGAAUACGCUGACAAGGUCUUCACUUAUAUAUUCAUUCUGGAAAUGCUCCUCAAAUGGGUAGCUUAUGGAUUUCAAACAUAUUUCACCAAUGCCUGGUGCUGGCUAGAUUUCUUGAUUGUCGACGUUUCUUUGGUUAGCUUGGUAGCCAACGCUCUCGGCUACUCAGAACUUGGUGCCAUUAAAUCCCUACGGACACUAAGAGCUUUAAGACCUCUAAGAGCAUUAUCCCGGUUUGAAGGCAUGAGGGUUGUUGUGAAUGCUCUUGUUGGAGCAAUUCCCUCUAUCAUGAAUGUGCUCUUGGUUUGUCUCAUCUUCUGGCUGAUCUUUAGCAUUAUGGGUGUGAAUUUGUUUGCUGGCAAGUUCUACCACUGUGUUAACACGACAACGGGUAACAUGUUUGAAGUUAGUGAAGUCAACAAUCUGAGCGACUGUCAGGCUCUUGGCAAGCAAGCUCGAUGGAAAAACGUCAAAGUAAACUUCGAUAACGUUGGCGCUGGCUAUCUUGCGUUGCUUCAAGUGGCCACAUUUAAAGGCUGGAUGGAUAUUAUGUACGCAGCCGUUGACUCAAGAGAUGUAAAACUUCAGCCUGUAUAUGAAGAAAAUCUAUAUAUGUAUUUAUACUUCGUCAUCUUUAUCAUCUUUGGGUCAUUCUUCACUCUGAAUCUAUUCAUUGGUGUAAUCAUAGAUAACUUCAACCAACAGAAAAAGAAGUUUGGAGGUCAAGAUAUCUUUAUGACAGAGGAACAGAAAAAGUAUUACAACGCAAUGAAGAAACUUGGAUCCAAGAAACCACAGAAGCCCAUACCUCGGCCAGCAAACAAAUUCCAAGGAAUGGUCUUUGAUUUUGUAACCAGGCAAGUCUUUGAUAUCAGCAUCAUGAUCCUCAUCUGCCUCAACAUGGUCACCAUGAUGGUGGAAACUGACGACCAGAGCAAAUAUAUGACUCUAGUUUUGUCCCGGAUCAACCUUGUGUUCAUUAUCCUGUUCACUGGAGAAUUUGUGCUGAAGCUCGUCUCUCUCAGAUACUACUACUUCACCAUAGGCUGGAACAUUUUUGAUUUUGUGGUAGUGAUUCUCUCCAUUGUAGGUAUGUUUCUGGCUGAGCUGAUAGAAAAAUACUUCGUGUCCCCUACCUUGUUCCGAGUGAUCCGUCUCGCCAGGAUUGGUCGAAUCUUGCGUCUGAUCAAAGGGGCGAAGGGGAUCCGCACGCUGCUCUUUGCUCUGAUGAUGUCCCUUCCCGCCUUGUUUAACAUCGGCCUCCUGCUCUUCCUGGUCAUGUUCAUCUACGCCAUCUUUGGAAUGUCCAAUUUUGCCUAUGUUAAAAAGGAAGCUGGAAUUGAUGACAUGUUCAACUUUGAGACCUUCGGCAACAGCAUGAUCUGCCUGUUCCAAAUUACCACCUCUGCUGGCUGGGAUGGAUUGCUAGCACCUAUUCUUAAUAGUGCACCACCUGACUGUGAUCCUGACACAAUUCAUCCUGGAAGCUCUGUUAAGGGAGACUGCGGGAACCCAUCUGUGGGGAUUUUCUUUUUUGUCAGUUACAUCAUCAUAUCGUUUCUAGUUGUGGUGAACAUGUACAUCGCUGUCAUCCUGGAGAACUUCAGUGUCGCUACUGAGGAAAGUGCAGAGCCCCUGAGUGAGGAUGACUUUGAGAUGUUCUAUGAAGUUUGGGAGAAGUUCGAUCCUGAUGCCACCCAGUUUAUAGAGUUCUCCAAGCUCUCUGAUUUUGCAGCUGCCCUAGAUCCUCCUCUCCUCAUAGCAAAACCAAACAAAGUCCAGCUCAUUGCCAUGGACCUGCCCAUGGUCAGUGGCGACCGGAUCCAUUGUCUUGACAUCUUAUUUGCCUUCACAAAGCGUGUUUUGGGUGAGAGUGGAGAGAUGGAUGCCCUUCGAAUACAGAUGGAGGACCGGUUCAUGGCAUCGAACCCCUCCAAAGUCUCCUACGAACCCAUCACGACCACUCUGAAACGCAAGCAAGAGGAGGUGUCUGCUGCUAUCAUUCAGCGUAACUUCAGAUGUUAUCUUUUAAGGCAAAGGUUAAAAAAAGUAUCAAGUGAAUAUAACAAAGAGGCAAUUAAAGGAAGGAUUGACCUACCCAUAAAAGAAGACAUGAUUAUUGACAAAUUAAAUGGAAACUCCACCCCCGAAAAAACAGAUGGAAGCUCCUCUACCACAUCUCCUCCUUCCUAUGACAGCGUAACAAAGCCAGACAAAGAAAAGUUUGAGAAAGACAAACCAGAAAAAGAAAGCAAAGGGAAAGAGGUCAGGGAAACUCAAAAGUAAAAAAGAAACAAAGAAGUAUCCUUGUGAUCAAUUGUUUACAGCCUACGAUGGUAAAGUCUAAGUGUCAACUGGACUCCCAGAGGAGGUCUAUGCCAAACUGACUGUUUUAACAAAUACUCAUGGUCAGUGCCUAUAACAAGACAGUGACCUCACCAUCACUACAACUCUGUGAGUCAGGGUAUCAACAAGAUUGACAAGAGGUUGCUGUUUUCCUUACCAGCUGACACUGCUGAAGAGAAACUCAAUGGCUACCUAGACUGUAGGGAUAAUUGUGCAAAGUGAUCAUUGUAACUACACCAAACACCUUUAGUACAGUACUUGCAUCCACUCUAUUUUUAACUUCCAUAUCUGCCAUAUUUUUACAAAAUUUGUUCUGGUGGAUCUCCUUGCUCCCUAAUUCAUAGUUUAUUCAUAAUACUAUGUCACUAUUUUUGUAAAUGCAGUUUAAGUUGAGAAAAAAGUAUAUAAGAGCCCUGUGUUCCUCCUCCAUAAAUCUCUUAAACAAUGAGCAAAAGUGUUUUGAGAGAUAAAAUUCUUGCUUAAAACCAGAAAAAAAAUAUUCUAAUGUCAAUAAGUUCAGGUACUUCCAUUUUCUAGAAGACUUUAAUUUUGAAAGUGUUUUGGUCUGUUACAUUUAUUUACAUCUGAAGUUAUGUGCCUGUAAAGUCUCCUCUAAUUUUUAAAGGAUUAUUUUUAUGCAACAAUUGUUUCAGCAAGUGCAAAUUUUAUUCUAAGUUCCAGAGCUCUAUAUUUAAUUUGGUUAAAUGCGUUCCAAAAACAAAACAACAAAAAUCUAGAAAAGUGUAUCUAAAGUGUCACUUUAGAAUAGUUGUCCCACUUUCUGCUGCAGUAUUGCUUUGCCAUCUUCUACUCUCAGCAAAGCUGAUAUUUUAUGUCAAUUCAACACCCCCUGUUAUGUAAAUAGUUAUUUUAUCCUGUGGUGCAUGUUUGGGUAGAAAUAUAUAUGUAUAUGUAUAUAUAAUGUAUAUAUAUAUAUAUAUACAUAUAGAUACACAUAUCCAGAUCAACAACUUCUGUUAAGUCAAAUAUGUACCACAGUGUAUAUGUCUUUUGCAAUCUUCCAACAGGGAUGUAUCCUGUACCAUUCAUUAAACAUAAAUAGUUUGAAGACUAUCACUAAUGCAUGUUAAUAUUGCCUAUGCUGCUCUAUUCUACCCAAUUCAUUCUUCACAAGCCUUGGUUAGCAGUCACAUGUUGGUAGAGUGAAUUCAAACAGCUCUAUCUAGUAUGUCAAGCAGAAUAGCUUGCAGUUGUUUAAAAGUACCUUUACUUUUGCAUUUUUAAUUCAACUUGAGUGUCAUAUGGUGUCUCUCUAUAUUUCAAGGAAACACACUGCGUACUGCCUAUUGUCAAAACCUUGUGAACUUUUGC